AAACAAGUUAUUAUAAGGUGUACAGAGGACUAAUUCAUGUAUAUAAUUUAAUAUAUAAUUCAUUGUUGCACACAUUUUUGAUUUGACUCCUCUGUCUUUAAUACAAACACAUGACUUUCACCUUUUAGGGUCCUGAACAUUGUGUCAACAUCAAUGCGAGCCAAAAUAGCAGCGUACUCUCUGGCCCUGCUGCUGCACAUGGGUCGCAUGACAGCUGACCUCACAUUACUGCACCGCGACCUAGGAAUCACUGAGGCCAGGAUGAUUGAAGUUGCGAAGUCAAUGGGACUGACCCUAGUUAGACCGGCCUGGGGGAAGACUGACAAGGCUGGACUGCAAGGCGAACACAAGCAGGCGACCCUUCUUCUACCUCUGAUCAAAUAUGAACAGUUCAUGGAGAGACGGAAACGCAAGAAAAUGCACUGAAGACAGUAACAAGAGAGGACAAAGAACUGGAUCAAGAGAGAACUGUUUUAUUGAUGCAUUUUGUAGACAAAUAAAAUGCUGAACUUUUGAGUUAUA